AUGGGUGAGGAGUUAGUUGUCUUAAAAUCAGAGCUCGAUCGCCUUUGGAGCCAAGUUGGCCAGCUUGAAGAGGAGAAAAAGGAAACUUUCGAUGUGAUUGAGGAAGAAAAGGCCCGACUCACAAAGGAGUUCAAAACCAAAAAGGACACUUCAACCGACAUGGCCAUGUACAUAAUAUGGUCCAUGAAUCUUGACAUUGAUGCUUCCUUUCUAGUUGACAAGGAGGAAGCUUUCUUGGAAAAAUGGGGCUGUAAAGUCUAUGGUCACACUGAAAGAAUGUGUACCAAGAAGCCAGUGGAGGUCUGGAGGGAAAAAACCAGAGUUAGGAAGGAGGAGGACAGUCAAAUCCCUGUGAAUCUGUCGAAAGUUGCAGAGACAACUGAGACAGUGCCUACUGCUACUGGGCCUGCUGGUGCAGGUUCUGGGAAUGCGGUUUCUGAGGCACCUUCUGGGAGUCAAUUGGAAGUGGACAAGACUAUAGAUAACUCAAAAUCUGUCCCUGAUCUGCCUGUUGUAAACCAGGCUCGAACACCAGUUGAGGGAGGCAGUUCGGACUGGGUUACCCCAAAACGAAUUGGUGGGAAUAAGAGGGCCAUCAAUAAGACCAAGAACACUUUGAAGAAUUCCUAUAGUGCUUUGCAAGAUAAGGUAGUGGAGGUAGCAAAUUUGGGAUUAAAAUCAACAAGUGCCUUAUUGGAGACCAAACUUUGGGGUGAUAAGAUUAAGAAGAUGAUGCAGUCUUUUUUUAGUGGUUGGGAAUUUUCUUCUGGUUCAGCUUCUGAAGGCAGAUUACUGCUUAUUUGGCAGCCUAAUUUGGUGUCUGUUGAUGUUCUGAAAGAAACAGACCAAUUACUUCAUGUUUUUGUCAGGAGCUUGAAAGCUAAUAAAUCGUUUUGUGUGACAUUUGUUUAUGGUAGGAAUUCUAUUGAGGAAAGAGUGGCCCUUUGGAAAGAUUUGUCUAAUCUUAGUUAUCCAGUUGCUGCCUGGCUCAUAGCUGGAGACUUUAAUGCUGCUUUUGAGAGUGAGCACAGAGUGGGUGGUCGUGCGAUAUCUUCCCUUGAGUUGGCUGAUGCUCAAAAUUGGAGGGCUUUGGGGUUAGUUGACGAGUUACGUGCUAGAGGGUCUCAUUUUACUUGGACGAAUAAACAGAUGAAUGAAGGCAGAAUUUUCUCAAGAUUGGAUAGAGUUUUCAAGAAUGAAGAUUGGUUGGACAUUUUCCCUCAUUCUGAGGCUGUCUUCAACUGGGAGCUUCACUCUGACCACUGCUACUGUAUUAUUAAACCAGAUAUUGCUGUUAACUAUGGUGUUAAGCUCUUUAGGUUCUUCAAUAUUUGGGCUAAACAUGAUCAAUUUAAAUCCACUGUCAUGCAGAGCUGGUGUAGGCCUAUGCGAGGGACUGGUCUAGUUCGCCUUUGUAAUAAGCUGCGUAGACUUCAGCUGGUGCUUCAACGGUUCAACAGGCAUAUAAUGGGUGAUGUUGCCCAUAAUUUUUUUGAGGCUAAAGAGAAGUAUCAAGUUGCCCAGGUCUCUCUGCAGGGUGAUCCGCAUUCGCUAAGACUUCAAAAAAUCGAAGCUGAUGCUGUUAAUGAAUCCGGUCAGAGUAUUGAGAAUUUUGAUGCUGUAUUUGAUCAUUUUGUGAAUCAUUUCACGAAAAUUAUGGGAAGCAAGAGCAUGGCCUCUAGCACUAUUCAGAAGUCCUGUUUUGAGCUUGGCCACCAGCUGACCUUGGAUCAGCAAGUUAGCUUAGUUAAGCCUUUUUCUACUAAGGAAGUUAAAGAAGCUUUUUUCGGCAUUAACUCGAUUAAAAGUCCGGGGCCGGAUGGGUUUGGCUCGGGCUUUUUUAAAGCCCUUUGGAGCGAGUUAGAGACUGAAAUCUCAGCAGCUGUUCUGGACUUCUUUGAGUAUGGUGUGUUGUCAGAGGAAAUCAACAAAGCUACUAUUUCCUUAGUCCCUAAAAUUGAGACUCCCUCCCGCGCAGCGGAUUAUCGUCCUAUUGCUUGCUGUACUUCUAUUUACAAGUGCAUUUCUAAGAUGCUUUGUAGUAGAUUGGCUUUGGUGCUUCCUAGUCUUGUUAACCAAAACCAAGGAGCCUUUGUUAAAAACAGAUUAUUGGCUCAUAAUAUCCUUAUUCUUCAAGAUAUUAUAAAAGGCUAUAAGAGGAAAAACAUUUCCCCUAGGUGUGUUUUCAAGAUUGAUUUGAGCAAAGCCUAUGAUAUGUUAGAUUGGAACUUCUUAGAGGAUAUUCUCAUUGAGUUUCGGUUUCCGGCUAAAUUCAUCAAAUGGGUCAUGGAUUGCUUGAAGGAUCCAACCUAUCUUCUCCUUAUGAAUGGAAAGGUUCAAGGGGAAUUUAGAGGUCGGAAGGGGCUUAGACAAGGGGACCCUAUCUCUCCGUUAUUAUUUGUCUUAGCCAUGGAGUACUGUACCCGCUUAUUUCAGCAAGCAUCAAUGAACAAGGGGUACCGGUUUCAUCCUAAGUGCAAACACCUCAAGAUCGUCAAUCUUUGCUUCGCAGAUGACUUGGUUAUUUUUUGCAAGGGAGUUCACAAUUCAGUUCAGAUUAUUAAGGAAAGUUUCAGUGAUUUCUGUUGUGCUUCUGGUUUGACUGCUAACAAGGAUAAAUCCCAGGUUUACUUUGGUGGUGUGGCUGAAGAUGAGGCUCAAAAUUUGCUUGAGGGGCUCCAUUUCACUGAAGGUCAUUUUCCCCUAAAAUACUUGGGAGUGCCUCUUCGAACAACAAGAUGGAAAGCUGGUGACUGUUCUCGUAUUAUCAAAAAGAUUCAGUCCAAAUUACAUACUUGGGCGAGUCGGCACCUUUCUUUGGUGGGGAGGGUGCAACUGAUCAAUUCAGUGCUUUUGAGUAUAAGAACUUUUUGGAUGAGCAUUUUUAUCCUUCCUAAGAGUGUUACCAAGGAGGUUGAUCGGUUAUGUAGGAACUUCCUUUGGGGAGUUAAGGAUGGUAAUUUUCAGCGGAGUAAAUUGCAUUUUACUGCCUGGGAUCAGGUUUGUUUGCCUAAGUGUAUGGGUGGUCUUGGCUUCAAGGAUAGUAAUACUUGGAACUUAGUGCUUCUGGCCAAAUAUGUUUGGGAAGUUUCUUCUAAGCAUGAUAUUUUGUGGGUCAAGUGGGUGGAUUCUAUCUACUUAAAGGGGCAUAAUUUCUGGCAUUAUAGAGUCCCUCAAGAUGUGAGCUGGUAUUGGAAGAGAUUAUUAAAACUUAUAGAUAUUUUCCCUGGUUGCAGACUUGAUGAGGCAGUCCAUCUCGGCAAGCUUAGCCUGAAACUUUUGUACCACAGGCUCAUCAACAAAGACAGAGUUGUCUAUGCGAAUGUGGUGUGGAACUCCUUGACGGUGCCUAAGCACAGGUUCAUUUUAUGGUAG